AUGGUCAUCCCCCAGGGCAUGUCGUACGCCAACCUUGCGGGCCUGCCCUACGCCUUUGGCUUGUAUGGCGCCUUUGUUCCCUGCAUCGUGUAUGCCUUCUUCGGGACAUCCAGGCAGCUGGUUGUUGGGCCUGUGGCGGUCACCUCCAUCCUGCUGGGCAACGGCCUGUCCGGCUUCAUGCCGUCUGAGGAGGACCCCAACAACCCGGUGGACGCCCAGGUCCAGGAGAACUACAACCACGCCGCCAUCCAGAUUGCCUUCAUCGCCGGCUGCUUCUACUUUGCCUUCGGCCUGUUCCGCAUGGGCUGGAUCACCAACUUCCUGUCGAGCGCCAUGAUCUCUGGCUUCAUGUCUGGCGCCUCCGUCAUCAUCGCCCUGUCCCAGGCAAGCACCAGCUGGGCUGGCGUCAAGUACAUUCUGGGCCUGAAGAUCCCUCGCACCGACACCCUCCAGGACUCUCUGGACGAGCUGUUCAGCAACCUGAGCCAGUUCAAGUGGCGCGAAUUCUGCAUGGGCAUGUCCUUCAUCUUCCUGCUCCUCGCCUUCAAGUACCUGUCCCGCACCUACAAGCGGAUGGCUUACCUAAAGGCGCUGGGCCCGCUCACCGUGUGCGUCAUCUCCAUCGCCCUCAUGAACAUCUUCAACUGGUAUGAGCCCAAGGACAAGCCCUACAUCAAGCCCAUCGGCAACAUCCCCAGCGGCCUGCCUAGCUUCACCGGCAGCUGGUGGCUGCCCCUGUUUGACGUUGGCCGCCAGAUGACGCUGGCUGUGCUCAUUUGCAUGAUCGAUGUGUGCGAGUCCAUCUCCAUUGCCAAGGCGCUGGCCAAGGUGAACAAGUACCAGCUCAACUUCACCCAGGAGCUGCGCGGCCUGGGCAUUGCCAACAUCGCGGGCGCCCUGUUCAGCGCCUACACCACCACCGGCUCCUUCUCCCGCUCUGUCAUCAACAACUCUGUCGGCGCCCAGACCCCUCUGGCCAACAUGACCACCGGCCUGAUGAUCAUGGUGACCCUGCUGUGGAUCACCCCGGUGUUCAAGAACAUGAGCCAGAACGUGCAGGGCGCCAUCAUCAUUGUGGGCGUGCUGCAGCUGUUUGACUACCCCGAGUUCCUGUACCUGUGGAAGAUCAACAAGUUUGACUGGCUCGUCUGGGUGGCCUGCUUCCUCACCACCCUGUUUGCGGGCGUGGAGAUUGGCAUCGCCGUUGGCGUGGGCCUGUCGCUGGUGGUGGUGAUCUACAAGGUUGCCUUCCCACGCAUCACCCAGCUGGGCCGCCUGCCAGGCACCAACAUCUACCGCAGCAUCCUCAUGUAUCCCGAGGCAGAGACCACCCCUGGCGUGCUGGUGCUGCGCAUCGAUGCAGCCAUCCAGUUCUUCUGCUGCGAGGCAAACAUCGACGCCACUGGCAUCCACUUCCUGAGCGACUUCCUAGACGAACUUUAUGACGAUUCUAUCGGGCUCGUGCUGGCCAACCCCAACAACCGGGUGCUGCUGGCACUCAUGCGCGCACACCUGGACCACAAGAUUGGGCGCCAGAACAUCCGCGUCGACAUUGCUGACGCAAUCGGCCAGGCAACGUACCUGGUGGAGGGCCGCAGGACUGAGGCGGUGUAG